AGAAAGAUUUGAAAUCGAGGCGUACCCCCCAAACAAGAAAGGAAAAAGAAGACGGAGGGCAAAAUAAAGAAAAUCAGACAGCCAGAGAGAGGUAGACAUAGACAUGAAUAUGGUCCGUUGAAGAAGAUAAAUACACUCUCUCUCUCUCUCUCUCUCUCUCUCUCUCUCUCUCCCCCUUCCACUAGUAGGAUCCAGUUGUGAACGAAAUUCCAGGAAAGAAAACCCAAAAACCCCUAAAACCCUCACAUCUGUACCUGUAUUUCCCCAGAUUCUGAUUUGACUUGUUUCCUAUACUCAAAUCUCUGCUAGUUUCCGUAUGUAAUCUUUAACUGCUGUUUCUUCACAUGCACACUGAUAUAUAGAGCUUAGAAGUAAUUACAGGCAAAGAACAUUGCAAGAGGAGGAGGAAGAAGAAGAAAAGGGACUCACCGACUCAGCUCUUCAUUCUCUUUUUUAACCGCAAAGGUUAACAAUGGGCAGAAGUCUGAGCCCAAUUUUGCGGCAAGAGUUGGAAAAUCUUGACAAAGAUUCUAACAGCAGGAAAUCUGCUAUGAAGGCCCUGAAAUCAUAUGUGAAAGACUUAGAUUCAAAAGCCAUUCCGCUCUUUCUUGCUCAGGUUUCUGAAACCAAGGAGACUGGUUCUUCCUCUGGGGAGUACACAAUUUCGCUCUAUGAAGUUCUUGCUCGCGUCCAUGGCCCAAAAAUUGUCUCUCAAAUAGCUAACAUCAUGACCACCAUUAUCAGUACUUUAACUUCAAGUGCAGGGUCUUUUGCUCUUCACCAGGCUUGUUCCAAGGUGGUCCCAGCAAUAGCGAGGUACGGGAUGGACCCCAGCACCCCAGAAGACAAGAAGAGGCAGAUAAUACACUCCCUCUGCAAGCCUCUUUCGGAUUCUCUUUUGGCUAGUCAAGAGAGCCUAUCUUCUGGAUCUGCCCUUUGCUUAAAGGCUCUUGUGGACUCUGAUAAUUGGCGGUUUGCUUCAGGUGAGAUGGUGAAUGAAGUUUGUCAGAGAGUCGCCGGGGCUUUAGAAAAGCCCACGCUUGCCAAUUCUCACAUGGGCUUAGUUAUGGCUUUGGCCAAGCAUAAUAGUUUGAUUGUUGAGGCAUAUGCAAGAUUGUUAAUUCAGUCAGGAUUGCGGAUUUUGAAAGUUGGAGUUUCUGAGGGUAAUUCUCAGAAAAGAUUAUCAGCCAUUCAGAUGGUCAACUUCUUGAUGAAGUGUUUGGAUCCAAAAAGCAUAUUCUCGGAGCUUGGGUUGGUAAUUGAGGAGAUGGAGAAGUGCCAAUCUGAUCAGAUGGCUUAUGUUAAGGGGGCUGCUUUUGAGGCUCUGCAAACUGCUAGGAGGAUAGCCACUGAUAAAGGCUCCAAAUUCGAUCGGGAUAUGGGUUCAGCUGCAGGGUCGAAUUUUCGUAGAAGGGAUAAUAGUCGUGGGAGAGAUUUAUGGGGUUCUGGGGAUUGUUCACCUGUGGCUGCAUCACCUGAAUCACAAACUGUUUACUCUUUUUGUGGGUAUGAUUCUUUGAUGGAAUCACCAAUUACCCCGUGUCAGUUUUCUAGUGAAUUUAGUUAUGAUCGAAGGAGUGUCAACCGGAAACUUUGGAGGCAGUAUGAGAAUGGUGGGGUGGAUGUAUCUCUUAAGGAUGGCUUGUAUUCUGAGCUGACUCAUGAAAGUGCCAUUGAAAACUCUGAAUGUGAUGAUUUUUCCAAUGGCGAUGGUGACUACACAAAUGGAUUUGCAGGAUUCUUGCAUGGAAGUCCAAGAAAUGGAGCUCCAAGAAGUACAACUCCUAGUCCUCAGAGGUCCCGCUCUCAGACUAAUGUUGAAAACAUCAAGAUUUUUACGACUCCAAGGAAACUCAUUCGUUCUCUUCAGGAUCCAAAUGAUGAGAGAGCCGACUUUUCUGGAAAGCAAACCAGAAGGUUUAGAAGUCCAUCCUCCCACAAUUUUGAGUGGAGCCCUGCAUCCAAAUGUUACCCGAAUGGUCUUUCCCUUGAUAUGAACUAUGAGGUGAAAAGGGAUGAAAAACUACCUGCUGGCAGUGAACAGCUCCAAGUUGGUUCAGAAUCUGUCUCCUCAACUGAAGAUAUCCCCACUGCUGCUGAUCUUCAAGUGAAUGAGAAGGUGUCUCCUGGAAGCAAAGUUCAGUUCCAAACCUUUGAAAUUCAGAAAACCAAUUGCAAAUCUCCUACCAAAGUGGUCUGUAGCCUCUUUGUUGUGCUAUUUGCACUUUUCAUAUGUUCAAUGUUGAUUAAUGACCAGGAUGAUGGCUAUGGCCUUGUUCCUACCUAAUUUCCUCGUUCUGAUGUAUCAAAAAAAUAGAUUAGGAUGGUAUUUGUGUUAAAUGCCUCCAAUGAAAAUUUCGAGUUAGUCUGUUGAGAACCAAAUGCCUUUUGUAUGUCAUUAGACAAAAAUGUGGAUGCUUGAUGUGCUUAAUAGAAAUGAAGUCACUGAGUUAGCAAA